CGCUAGCGCAGCAAAGGAAAGCUAUCAAAAUGGACAGAGACAGCGACUACCUCGGAAAAUAUCGUGCUAUUUCUGGCAAACUGAAGAAGCGUUUCUUGCGCAAGCCAAAUGUUGCUGAAGCCGCUGAUGAAUUUGGUAACCUGGCAAAGGUGUUACAUAAUCAAGAAUGUCCAUCCUAUGCAGCUCUCUUUAGCCUUGCCAAGGCCAGAUGUGAACACACAUUAGCAAACCACCCUGCUGAAGUGCAUGCUCUUGUGGAAGCAGCCCAUGAGUUCCUGGAUGCUGAGUGGAGCGACCGGUCUAUGCAUUGUCCAAACUUUGAAGAGAAUCUCUGUGCAGCCAUCAACUGCUACAACCAUGCUGUCAGGGUUAGUAUUGAGCAUAAACAACCAGCUCUUGCAGCAACUCUUUGCCUUCAACUUGGAAACAGUCUUAGGAGAUUGAAGAAACCUGCAGAAGCAAUGGGACAUUAUCAGAAGGCAGCGGAACUACAAUAUCAGUGUCCAUUGGAUUGUCUGCAUUCAUUAAGAAAGGUUGCUUCAUGCAAAAUUGAAAUAGGCGAUUUUGAUGGUGCUCUGGCGGUUUUGACUGAAAUGGAAUACUUGGUAAGAGAGCGAGGUAUCCUUGGAUCCAACAACCAACCAAUAGGAGCAUUCUCUGACAUCCUAGCUACCUGUGAGAUCAGUAGAGUACUUCUUCUAAUGCUCUUACAGCCUACACCUCAGCGUAUACGACCAGAGCAUGCACAGACAUUAGAGAAAUAUACAUGGGAAAGUGAUGAAUCUAACCCAGCGACUGAAUGUAUAACAGAAGAGGUGUUUCUCUUGCUGCAAUCAGUGGUGAUGGCUUGCCAAUCUAAAGACAGUGAAUCAUUAAAGAAACUUCAAGCUGACUUAUGGUGUCACCUAUCAGCAGAACAGAAUCACAUUCUUCACCUAGUCUUAGAACAGAUAGCACUACCCCCUCAAGAAGCAAGUGCAAUAUGAGCAGUACAUCAAUACAGGACAAAACAGGUCAUAUUCCACAUUAAACAGUGCAAUAUCCAAUGUUUUGAUGUCAAUGAUCAUCUACGUAUACUGGUGUUAUUCUGUAAUGUUAUACAUGAAAUGAAUGUAUUCCUAUUGCGUUUGUAUGGUUCGUUUUUAUUAAUUUCUGAUGAUUUGUUAAUCUGGUAUUUGAUUUGAGAUUUCAUCAUUUUGAACAAUUUUUCUAACUAUGGGCCAUGUUCUAAUACUGAAAAUUUUGGUAGAGUGUGAUUUCUUCCCAUCUGCAUUGACGGAAGGUAUGGGAUUUGGACAAAUGACUUGCAUCUAUUCACUAUCAUCUUCAAACAAAGUCCUAUACAGAAUCUUAUUCUAUAUAUUUUGUUUUGAAAUUUCCAAGGUAUAAAAUCUGCUUUAAUAUUGUUUUUAUCUAACUGAUGAAGGGCCAUUAUCUUAACUUAUCUGUCCUUGCAUCUGUACCAAUUUAUGUUCUCAUUUUAUGUUCAAAGUUAAUCAAAUGCCACCCAUUUUGUUAGGUAUUAGUUAUUAGAACCCAGUUGAUCUGAUACCAUUGGCAGUGAACCGUACUAUUUUACAUUUUUGUGAUUAGGUCGGAAGUUAUGAUUGGAUAACCAUGAUUCGGUUAGGUUCUCUGCAAUGCUCUUGAUAGCAACUAAAAUGUAAUCUAAAGAAAUCGACUUGCAAGCCUGCUAAAAUCUUGUCCAUAGUAGCCUGGGCUUGUCUUUGCACAUCUUUACUUCAAACAUUGUCACUUUGUCACCUGCAAGCCUGUCAGUGUUCUACAUGAGCAGAUGUGUGAAUUUUUUUUCGAAGAUGAGCUUGUUAAACUGGUGUUUCUUCCACAAAUUGGCCAUCUCACUGGUGCUAUUGUUGAAGAGCUCAAGCCUUCAUUUUCACUUUUUUAUUUUAUUUUUUUGCCGCGAGUGUGUCAAUAUUUAGUCAGUAGGCUUGUUCACUAUGAUGUAAUGAUAAAGGCCAUCUGACAAGAUGUCAGUUGGCUUUGUAAAACUACUUUUCUGUCAGAUCUGACAAGAUGUCAGAUGGGAAAUGUGGAUUAAAAGCCCACAUGUUGACUAUAUCCUCUAAUGAAUAGGAGAUUGUUUUAGUAGUUGACAGCAAGGCUUGGCAUUAGUUGUUGGGUGUAGGGAUGCUGUGAAACUCUCUGUCUAUUGCUUUUGAAUGAUUUCACAUUCUUUUGAAGCACAUCUAGAAGCUCUCGAUUUUGUUUGCAUAUGUCUCAUGUUUUGUUACCACUGAGCUACAUGUAAGGUAAUGACCCCCAAACAUUUCCUUCAAGUUUUUUUUUUAAUGUUAUCUUAAACAAGAUAGUCAUCUUCUUUAUGCAGGCAUUAGAAUUCUAUGGGGAGUUACAUUAUGAGCCAUAUCGUCGCACGCACCACGAACCGUCCUCUCUGCACAGAUACAGUGCGCUAUCGCGCCUCGUG